CGAAAUAACAGUUCUGACGUUCCACUAUUAUCUCAGCACGAUAAUUAUAAACAGAAGAAAACCCGAAGCCAAACGUAUUCUCAGUGCAUUUAUAAAUAAUCAAGAUUAUACUAUACUCGUAAAAGCUUAAUAAAACAAAAGCUUCUUCCCACUUAAGGUCGUUCAGUUGCACGAUCGAUCAGCUUGUCAGAUCCCGGAAUUAGUAGCAUUUUAGAUGUGAGACCAACAGUAGCAAAAUCAUGUGGAGACAGGUUUCUAGAAUUUUAUUGUUGCUUUUGAGCGACAUUCUCAUUGCUGCGCAUAACGGGCCGGCAUACGAAUCUGCGCCGGCAAGCUGUCUAAACCCAAAUCAGAAAGUCGGCCAGUGCAUAUCAAUCUACGAUUGCCGUUCGUUGGCUUUCGUCUUAAGAAAACAAUUAACGGCACAAUAUAGUUUCGUACGUAUGUCGCAAUGUGACGGUGGCGCUUAUGCAAGAGGGAAAUUUCCCUUCGUUUGCUGUACGAACGAUACGAAGUUCCUCGAUCCCAAUGCUGACCAAAAACAACGCAUUAUCUUUCCGGAUACGAAAACGACGGAACUGCCUCAUGGUGGACGUCAGAGUGUUGCCUUUAUUACACCACCGAACUGUGGUGCAUUGACUAUUUCGAAUAAGAUUUUUGGCGGUGAGGAAGCUGAGAUAACAGAGUUCACCUGGAUGGUUAAGUUGGAAUAUAAAAACGAAAGUGGCUUAAUUUUGUCUGAAUGUGCCGGUUCCUUAAUCAACGAGCGAUACGUUCUAACAGCAGCCCACUGUGUGAUCGGUCCUGUUGAGCAGAAAGUCGGAAAACUCGUCUCUGUGUUCGUAGGAGAUCAAGCGAGCGCAUCUUCAUACAAUUACAAUCAUUACGAGUAUGCACCGUCCACUCAACGUUUCGGCAUUGAAUCUGUUAUCGUGCACGAACAUUACGGUUUUGAUCCGCACACAAAUGUAUAUGAACAUAAUGACAUAGCGUUGAUUCGACUGGAUAAGUCUGUGGAAUUUAAUAACUACAUCCAGCCUGUUUGCUUGCCAGUACCAGCUCUACAAGAUGAGCUAAGAGAAGGAGCACAUCUGAUUGUAGCUGGUUGGGGUCAUACGGGUUUAUCACGUCAUAGCAGAGUGAAGAAGAAAGUCCACUUGCCCCUAUAUUCAAUGGAAAAAUGUCGCCAUGUUUUCGAGACGCAGACAUCGCUAUCUGAUGAGCAACUCUGUGCUGGCGGUGUAUUCUAUGAAGAUGCAUGCACUGGCGAUUCUGGCGGUCCACUUAUGCGCCUCCACUCAGCCUCUUGGGUAAUAGAGGGUGUUGUGUCAUUUGGGCGCCAGAGCUGCGGUCAAGAGAAUAUUCCGGGAAUUUAUACGCGUGUACGAAGUUAUAUCGAUUGGAUCGCAGAUCACAUGGAACCUUGGUAUGUAGCAGCUGAACCUGUUGAAGGCUCGAGCCUGAAGAUGUUGCGCGUAAUUUUUAUCACCGUUAUAAGCGCGCUGUCAAGCAACUUAGUGUUUGGACAAUACUUCGAAACACAGACGCGCCGCUGCUUCAAUCCCAAUCAACGCCCCGGCGCAUGCGUCUCGAUCUACGAUUGUCAGACAUUGUUGUCGGUGCUGCAACGCGGCUCCAUCCAGCCGCUCGACACCGAAUUUCUGCGCGCCUCCGAAUGCACCGGCGGCUACGGCAAUGCGCCGUAUGUGUGCUGCACCGGAGAUACCGGUUUCACGCGCAACACUUAUGACGACGACGACGACUACAACCGCCAGCCAAGCACGGUGCUAUUUCCCGUCGGCUUCGGUGAGGGCCGACAACGGCAGAGGCAGCGCAUAAACGCAGUAGCUGGUGGUGGGCGUGACUUUAACAGCAUCGGCGGCAACGGUGGCAGCGGCAAGCAACCGAGAGAUCUGACAGCGGGUGCGCAAACAUCUGCCGCGGCCGUGCUGCCGCGCUUGCCCACCUGUGGCGGCGUGACAAUAUCGAAUAAGAUCUAUGGCGGCUCGGAUGCGGAUCUCUAUGAGUUUCCAUGGAUGGUGUUGCUCGAGUACAAUCGACGUUCCGGUGGCGUGUCAACCAGCUGUGCGGGUUCGCUCAUAAAUAACCGCUAUGUGCUGACGGCGGCGCAUUGCGUGAAAGGUGCCAUUGAGAAGCAAAUCGGACAGCUCGUUGGCGUUCGCUUAGGCGAAUAUGACAUCACGAAGCAAACCGAUUGCAAUGACUACUCAUGCGCUCCCGCGGCCAUACGUGUCGGCAUUGAGGAGACCAUACCACACGCGCAAUAUCGUGAUGAUUCGCCCAAUAAGGAGAACGACAUCGCGCUGAUUCGUCUCGAUCAGGAUAUACGCUUCUCGGAUUCCAUACGUCCCAUCUGCCUGCCAUCGGCUGUGGCGCAAGAGCGUUCGGCACCGGCUAGCGGCACACAGUACACCGUCGCCGGUUGGGGUCGCACGCUGCGCAGCCCCAAAAGUGCUGUGAAACAGAAAUUACAAGUGCCGCUUGUAGACUUGUCACAAUGUCAGCGCAAGUAUCGCGAACGCAAGGUGAAUGUGGUGAGCAAUCAACUCUGUGCUGGUGGCCAUUAUGCCGAGGAUAGUUGCGAGGGUGACUCUGGUGGUCCGCUUAUGCGUUUCCGCAACGAUGCUUGGGUGUUGGAGGGCAUCGUGUCAUUUGGCUACAAGUGCGGUCUGAGCGGCUGGCCGGCCGUGCAUACGCGUGUGGCGAACUAUGACAACUGGAUACGAAGCAAUUUACGCAAUUAAUUUAAUUUUGUCUUAAUGCACUUGUAUUUAUAUAUAAAUUAUUUAAUUAUUAGGUUAUAUUAGCAUUUAAUAACAUGAAUUUAAUUGUGAUCUUGCCAUUAGUUUCUCAUUUUGUUUCGUGUCAUGUUCGCAUAUUCUAAAAAUUAUACCCCACAAUAUAUAUUGUAUUAUAUUUGUGGGGUUAUUUAACGUAAUUAAAUUAUCCAAAUGU